CUGUCGUGUAUCAGAAUUCAUCACUGAAUAUGUUAAUUUCAAUCAAAACUGUGAUAUAUCGUGCAUAGCGGACGUCUUUGAGACAUAUUUUUAUAUUUAUGAAUUCUCAUCAUUUCUGCAUCGGAUACUGUCCUAUCAAAUCAUUCUUGGGUAUAUUAGAAUAAUAAAGGUAAGAAUAAUGUUUAUAGAAAUUAUUCAGUGCCGGUCGAAGCAUCACGUGACCAGAAACGUCAUUUUAUGUGGCUAGACGCCAAACUUUCUUCAAUUGGCAUUAAUGUGCAAAGAUCUCAGAUUAACUCGCAUGUAAACAUGGACACAUGGUGGAUAAUUUCUACUAUUGUUAUGUUGACAGAAUGGCUGCAGACUGUUGAUGGACACGAUUGCAAUUCCAGUGAAUCUAUUGCUUGUCGAGAUGAGCUGGACAAUUUGAUGUUAUUCGGGAGACAAAAAAAUUACAUAGAAGAUGAGAAGCACUUGGAUGAGCAAUGCAGAAAACAGCUCAUGGCAGUACAAUGUAUAAAAACCUAUGCUGAAAGCUGUUUGCCAGGGAAACAGCAGGAAAUAUUUAAUAUUCUUACAAAAGGUGCCGAUCAGUUCUUUCAUGAUUUCUGUAAUGAAGAGAGUGAAUUAAGAAAAGAAUAUUUGAAGCAUUCAGCUUGUAUCAACACCGUAGCACCUGAAUUGGAUCAAUGCACUGAACAAUACCAGACUUCUCAAAAAUUCCUAGAUGAACAAGAGUUCGAUGUCCGAACACUAAAGAAGCAAACAUGCUGCAUUUAUUUCGAGCACAUACAAUGUUCCGCAAAUGCAACUGUGAGUACUUGCGGUGAGGUAGCUGCUCAAGUCGUGACGAAGUUAUGGAAAUUGCUGGGAGGAACCUAUUUGAAUGAUGAGUGCGAACCUUUUGAAGAUGAUCAAUCUGGGGGCUGUAGUCCUGUCUCAAAAGGAUCUAGUUUGAGACAUUCGACAAACACUUUGUAUUUAGUGUUUCUAACUUUGUAUAGCACACUGUCAUAUUUCAGAUAACACUAUCUUAGAAUUAUUUAUUAAUAUUUGCUGUUUGUUAAUAAAUUAUUUUUCCUAUGGAAAAGAAAAUAAUUCUAAAA